CAUGAGGAACAAGGGCCUGCCCGCGAUUAUCCUUCUGCUGGCGGCCGGGUGCGCCGCCGGCGACGGGGAGGCUUCCGCGAGGCUCGGUGCGAUCGUCCCCUCGGAGCCCCAGCAGCAGUUCGAGGAGGCCGCGAGCCUCGGGUCCAGUCUCGCCAACUGGACCGGCCUUCACGAGACCCUCGACUUUUUCAACCCGAGGAACCUCGCGCGCAACUGGAGCCCGCUCCUGGUGCAGACCCUCGGCGACGAGUGCGCACGCGACGUCGCGCGCUACCUCAACGGCCUGAGGAGGCAGGAGCUCUGGGCCAUUAAGAUGGACGACGCCUCGGGACGGUACACGAGCGGCUUCUACUGGGGUAACUCCUACUUCACGGGCUCGGCGACCGAGUGCGAGUUCAUUAGUAAGGGCGUUUUCGCCGGCUCCUCCUCAGCCCCAUAUUCUGCGGACGAGGUGAGCGAGGCCGAGGAAUUCAUCACCGAGCCCCACAAGAAGCGGCCCCAGGCUGGAUUCAGCGUACAACAGCAGCAGCAGCAGCAGCAACCGACUCGUCAGGGAGCCAUGAACGACCGACCGCCGUUUUCCCUUGGCUUCUACAUGCUGAGGAUAGCCGUUAACGUCACCCUCCCGCCCGCGAACCGAGUGCUGCACCUAGGUGUCUGCCUACCCUACUCAUGCACCGCAGCCGACGUAGCCGUCAUCGCCAAAUUGGCCUCGAGCGACGUCGCCGGAAGGCAAUCUCACGUGGAAAAGGUGCGCGACCAACGGGACUACUACGACAUGUACGCCGACUCGGUUUUCUGGAUCCUCUUCGGCGUCAGUACGGCUGUCCUCUUCUUGCUCAUCGCCGGCACGAGCUACGAUGUUUAUCUCAUGAAGAAGAUCGCGCGCAAGCGAAGCGUAUCUUACGACAUGGAGAAGCAAAUGAAACUCGAGCAACUUACCAAUGCCAAGAUUCAUCACAAUGCAUCUCAAGGUAGGACCUACAUUCCUGUUCCAGUAGCGGAAUCAGUUAUUACUGCAGUGCCACCCGUUAACAAUAACAACGACCACGAGGGGAAUCUUCGACCACCGACUCCGGACUUUCAAAAACUAAAUGUCUGGGAGGAGCUCCUGCUUUCGUUCUCCAUCCGCGCGAACUUCCGAGUUAUCUGCGAGGGCGAGGUUGGCCGCGACACCAUCAGCACGGUUCAUGGUCUGCGAGCCAUCUCCAUGGCCUGGGUCAUCCUCGGGCACACCUGUAUCAUCGUCUUCAAGUACUCGGACAACAUGGAGUACCGUAAAAUCGUGGAGAAGCGGUUCCUCUUCCAGACAAUCCAGAACGGUGCCUUCAGCGUCGACACCUUCUUCUUCAUGGGCGGCCUCCUCGUCAGCUUCCUCUACUUCCGCACCAAUGCCAAGGGGGACCUUAACAGGCUCACCCAGGGCACGCGCGGCUUCGUCGCCGGCUUCCUCAAGUUCCUCGGCUUUCUAGCUUACAGGUUUUGCAGGCUCACCGCGCCCUAUAUGUUCGUCCUUGGCAUCACCGAAAUAUCCAUGAAGUGGUUUCACGCGAAUUCCGUCUUCGAGCCGCCCACCGCCGAUCACUAUAACUGCCCCAACUACUGGUGGAGGAAUCUCCUUUACAUCAAUACGCUGUAUCCCGUGGAGCAGAUGUGUAUGCUGUGGAGCUGGUACAUCGCCGACGACACUCAAUUCUACAUAGUGGGGGCGGUGAUCCUGAUCGUGGCGACGAAUCACUUCAAGAUCGCGGCCUUCUCGCUCGUCCUGCUAACGGUGAGCUCGUGGAUUACGACCGGCUACAUCGCCCUCGUUAACAACCACAUGCCAAACACCGACGAUCCUCUCGCACUCUUCGACAAGAUUUACGACAAGCCGUGGACUAGGCUGGGUCCUUACCUCAUUGGCAUGUCCGUCGGCUAUUUCCUCUUCAAGACUGAUUGCAAAAUAAAAAUGUCCAAAGCAACUGUCUUUCUAGGAUGGCUCCUCUCCUCGGCGUGCCUGCUCAGUCUUUUGUACGGCCUCUACGAGGUGGAAAUAUCGCCGGCAACGGGAGCCGCUUACUCAUCCCUUAGCCACAGCGCCUGGGCCCUCAGCCUCGCUUGGAUCGUCAUCGCUUGUAGCACCGGCUACGGAGGAUACGUUAAUGACAUUUUGUCCGCGCCGAUCCUUUAUCCGUUUAGCAGAGUAACGUACUGUGCGUAUUUGGUUCAUCCCAUCGUCAUCAGACUGACAGCGAUGAAUAUGGACUCCCCACUGCAUUUAGGAAAAGACAGUAUGGUAAUAACGUUUUUCGGACAAGUGGUCGCAUCUUACAUUCUGUCGUUCGUAAUAUCGAUUUCCUUCGAAGCCCCGGUUGUCAGUAUGCUCAAGAUCUUAUCACCAAAAAAAAGGAAUCGCAUUCAAUAAGUGCUUGUGGGGAAGA